UGUACCAUACGACUAAAGUAACGUAUACUGCACUUUUAUAUCACGCUUGUCCCAUGUGGUGUAAAAAUGUUAACACAGUACAUUUUGUUCAUUCUAGUUAUUCAGUGGAGUUUUGUAAGUUCGCAUAAGAAAAACGUCUGUAGGACUUUCGGGGACUAUGCCACCAUCCAGACGAAUAAAAAUUGUUGGUACAAUCCUGACAUUGAUUCUUCGCCGACUGUACUAGCCAAAAGAUAUGGCUACCCCAUGAAGAAAUACAGGGUAACCACAGACGAUGGGUACAUCUUAACCUUGUUCAGAAUUCCUCAUAAUGGCAGUGACAUAAAUUCAACCAGACAACCAGUUCUCAUCCAGCAUGGUAUAGGCGCGAGUGCAGUCUUUUGGAUGAUGCAAGGACGAAGGUCGCUCGCGUUUGUACUGGCUGAUAAUGGUUAUGAUGUAUGGCUGUCAACAUCUAGGGGAGCGGGAUAUUCGAGAAAGCACACGCACUUAACGACAGAGGAUCCCUCGUAUUGGAACUUUGGGUUGCACGAACUUGCCGUAUACGAUCUUCCGGCUAAUAUCGAAUUUAUCUCCAAUAUUACGGAACAGAGAGGAAAAAUUAUAUACAUAGGUCAUUCCAUGGGAACCACUACGUCAUACAUAUAUUCUACGGUGAAGAAGAACCACGCAGUGUCAAAUUUGAAGGCCUUAAUAUCUCUGUCUCCAGUUGCUUUCCUGAAACAUUUCGAGGGGUGGCACAAGUUGGCAGUUGCAUUUGCGGAUAUUGUUAUACCAGUUUUACAAAAAAUUGGAAUACAUUAUGUAGGAGACAUGCCUCCUUUGACCGUAUUGAUUCAGUCCCUUUGUGGAAAAUAUCCAUCCAUUCUUCUUUGUCAAGCCUUGAUACUUCCCGUAGUCGGUAUUGCCCAGGAGCAAGUCAAACCAGACCUACUUCCAUUGUUUGCAAAGCACUAUCCAACCGGGACUUCUUUGAAAGUAUUGAGGCAUUUCAUACAGAUCAUAUUGAGUGGAGGAAAUUUUCAGUACUACGACUACAAAUUUGACAAUGUGGUUGUAUAUAACUCCAUAAGACCUCCUAUAUACAACGUAACCGAUAUUUCCCUCCCCGUAUAUCUAUUUGUUGGAAGCCAAGACGUUCUUGCAUCCGACAGGGACGUCGAUAUCCUGUAUGCGAAAUUAAAUUCGCCAGGAAGUAAAACAAGAGCUUCCAAGUAUAUUUUCAAUUUCGCACAUAACGACUUUUUCAUGGGAGCCGACGUGAACGAUUUCUAUAAAGUUUUGUCAGAUGUAAUAAAAACUAAGAUCGGGAAUAUAUAAUGUUUACCAAG